AUGCUUAUGGACCGAGUCCGCUGCAGCGGCACUGAGAUCAGCUUGGCAGACUGCGCCUUCCGUGGCUGGAAUGUCCACAGCUGCUCUCUUCGAGAAGCAGCAGGUGUCCUCUGUGAUGUCGAAGGCUGGAGUGACUUUUCUGGGACGGGGCCGGAGGCCAGGCAGGGCCACACACUGACGUGGGACCCACAGUCCAAGCAGGCGCUGCUGCUCGGUGGCCACGCCAGCGGCCGCUUCCAAUUUUUUGACUUGGCCAGCAUCUGGGCCUACGACUGGCCGAGACGGGCCUGGACUGCGAUCCAUGCGAGCGGCCCAGCCCCGACCACAAGAGCAGGACAUUCCGCGAACUUCGACCCGGCCAGCCAUUCAAUUUUGGUCUAUGCAGGCACGCAAUCCGGCGUCUACUUCGGCGAGAUGUGGGACCUCUUGCUAGAGAGCAUGUCAUGGCAUCUGAUCAAUGCUUCGGGUGCCGUUGCACCGACACCGCGUGCCUAUCACUCUGCUGCCAUGGACGGCGGUCGGCGUCUGUUGGCAUUUGGUGGCCGCGACAGCACGAGCGAGCUCGACGACCUUCACAUCUUCGACUUGAAGCAGCAGCUCUGGUGGACUUCUUUGGCCCCCAUGCGCCCGGCUCCGCGCAGCCAGCACUCUGCAACUUGGGAUGCCCUGACCUCUGUGCUUCUCGUGCACGGCGGCUGGUCCGGCACCGGCUACUUGGCGGACUUGCACGCCUACAGCUGGUGGUCCGACAGCUGGGAAGAGCUGCUACCGGCAGAGAGCCCUGGGCCACGGGCGGGACAUGCAGCAGUUUGGGAUGUGGCGGCUAUGGGCCUAGUCAUCUACGGCGGCGAGCAGAGGUCGUCCAGCUCCGGGCAGCUGGGUUACGAAGACAGGGUUCGCCGAUACAGUUUCCUUUCAGACUCCUGGAUGGAGCACGGCCAAAGCCCCGCACAACCUGGAGCUCGCACGGAACCAGCUGUAGCGUGGGAUGGGAGCUCCCGAGCGAUGUUGAGUUUUGGUGGGGCCAACGGCGAUGGUUACCAUGCCGAUCUCUGGCGGUAUUCGUUUGCACCGAUGCUGGAGGAGCCGCUUAUCAUCCGAUGUGUAUUGGGUCAGCAAUGUGUGCAGUCCCUGAACGACAGCUCCUUGCUGAACGCCUCGGCUUUCACGUUGCAGCGCCAUUGUCGGCCUGCGGGUGCCUCGAGCACCGAUGCAACCACUCUGGAGCUGUUGGAGCAGCCUGAUGGGGCCCCAGCUUUGUUCGUCGAGCGGAGCUCCUUGCUUUCCAUGGAUCCCGGCAGCUACCGUAUAUGCCGCCAGGCAACCAGUCCGGAAGGGCCAUCCUCAGGUGCCGGUGUCUUCAUCGCCGAGGGCCCCUUCCACGAACAGCAAGCAAGCUGCUUCCUCGGGCUGACCUGCCGCCUCGCCUGGCGUGGUGUCGGGCUGUCUGCAGACGAUCAACUGGAGCUGCGCAAGCGCUGUGGCCGACUGGAUCCAGAGGACUUCCGGCAUGCCGUUCAGGCCAGGCAAGAGAACUCCGUUUUCGUGGCAGAGUUGUUGCUAGAGGCCGACCCGGCUGCUCCAGCGCCCGAGCUGCUUCACCUCUGCUGGUGCCCUCGACAAGUGCCCUGUGCACCCAACGACUUUACAGUUUCCGCCCUGCAGCUGCACCUCCUCUGCCCGCCCGGGUGGUUCCUGCCAGAGGCCGCGGCCUCCUGCAGCCGCUGCCCAGCCAAUCACUACUGCCCUGGAGGGGAAGAGGCCUUUGACUGCCCAUUUUCGAGCACCGCACCGCCUUCCGCCAGCCGGAGCCUCAGAACGUGCUGGUAG